CAAACGGAUCAAGGAGACCGAGUCUGUUUAGUUGGUUUCACAUUCACUCGCUCAGCCUCUAACGGACCUCCACGCAGGCACGAGCACGAUGGCCAGCAUUGCCAGACCCAGGAGACUCACGGAGCCCCGAUCCGGAGGCCAAAUGGUCCGCACCAGGCAAAGUGCUGCUAACAAGACUCCGUGCGACCGCCCAGCAUUAUCCCCGAAUCUGACACCCCAAAACCCUAAUUGGCUCUCCAAAUUUAUUUACUUGCCUACUCGCUUGAUUGCCACCGGUGCUGUCUUCACCGGCGAAUCCUCUGCUUCUUCAUCUUCCUCCUCUUCGGGUUCCAAUUCAGCUUGAUUUCUACCUAAAGUACGUUUGUGAAGGUUAUUUUAACGAGCUGAGAGAUCUCAUGCUAUUUAAGAGGAUUACAGUGAUCAGAUUGAUAAUGAAAUGUCUCCUCAGAUAACUGACUCAAUCAAAAAGAAACGGGCUCUAGAAGUUAAUCAGCAGUCGAGUGAAACGCCAUCUAUUGUGGAGAAGAGUGAAACGAAGUAUCUAAUAGAACGGCUUAUCAUGCAGGUGACAUUUUCAAGAUCUAUGCAGUGCAGCUGUUUCGGAGGCAAAAAAGUGGUUAGAGGAGAAGAAAUUGGGUUCAAAUUCAAAGUCAGAUUUGGAACUUGGAACCUGCAUCUUGAACUCUGCUAUGUUGCCUCAUAUGAAGAUUGUAUUUUCACUGGCCAAUGAAAUCCUUGUGUAGCUUUUGUGGGCUCUGAUACUGAAGCAGGUUCUCCAGUUGAUAUAUGAACAUGUCCACUAUGGACUUCUCCAUCUGGGAACCUUACGGAAUUCCAAUUACCAUCACCAACUAGGAUACAGCUUUUCAACGGCAAAACACCACAUUCAGUUGGUUUCUCAUCUUUGUCAUUCAAGUUUAAAAGGGAUUCUCCUGCCUCUGGUUCAUGGAAUAUAUCUGAGGAGUUACGAAAAGUGAGAUCCAAAGCAACAGAAGAGAUGCUAAGGACUCUACCAUCAUCAAAAAUUGAUUUGUCUGCACUCACUUCAGAGAAUAGGAGUGCUGUGAAGUCCAUAGUGGCUGAGGAGGUAGAAGCUACUAUGAGUGACAAAGUACUGAACUCUACAAAAUCAGUAGAUGCAUCAUUAAACUUGGUUACAGGAGUAACUACUUCAUGUGGCUUACCAGAAUCUAGAGAAAUUAUAAUGUGGAUAAUCUAAGACAUGAAACCGCAAUUUUUGCCCCUUCAGUUUCACGGAUGACUCAAGACGAAUUGCAAAAUGAACCUUUGUCAUCAAAUUGAGCUAGUUUUAUUUCUGAACAAAACAAGCUUCACACAGAGGUCUUGGAGGAUGUCCAAAUCAUGGAGGAAACUAGAGAAGGGAGACCAAGCUCUGAACAAAGACUUCAACCACCGGAAGAGUUCAAUACUGUACAACAAGGCAUAUAUAACUCUCCUUCUGGAGCGCGUUUAAUUGGAGGCACUCAAGCUGUACGCAUGAAUGCACCUCGUGUUGGUGGUAGUUUUGCUGUGUGGGGUGGCCUCUUCUCCACUUUUGACUGCACAAUGGUCUAUGUUCGGCAGAAAGAGGAUCCAUGGAACUCAAUCAUAGCUGGUGCUGCCACUGGAGGGUUUCUUUCAAUGCGUCAGGGCUUCGGUGCUGCUUCCAGAUCAGCAAUUUUUGGUGGGGUUUUACUUGCUUUGAUUGAAGGAGCUGGGAUCAUGUUAAAUAAGGUUCUGAGUGCACCACAGAACAUCCCCAUCAUGGAAGAGCUAAUUGCAAACAUGGCUGGUGUACCUGGAUAUCCAAUGGGGCAACUGCCAGGUCAAGCCCCGUCAAUGGUUGAGAGUCCAUCGCCAUCUUCCUCUUCUUGGUUUGGAGGGCUUUUCGGUGGUAAGAAGGAGGAAUCAGCAAAGUGUACUGGAAGUAAGGCAGAGGUCUUGGAGAGCUUUAAUGCUCCUCCGGUGCCAUCAUUUGAGUAUAAGCGUACGGUUAGUUGUUAUUGUUCUGUAACUAUGCUUAUUAAUAAGCCUUUCUACCAUUUCAAUGUGUUGUAUUAUCAUCAUCCAUAUGCAACUUGCAGUUAUUGCGGUUUAUGAGAAUUCAUGAACAGAUUUUAAGCCGA